GCCGCCCACCGGCUGCAGGAGGACCCGCCCCGGCCCCGCCCCGCCGGCCCGGGUCCGCAGCUCGGCCGCUCGCCGCCACUCUCCGCCGCCGCCGCCUCCUGCCCGCCGCCCUGCGCUCGCGCCCGCUCCCCGCCCCGCGGCCAUGGGUCCCCGCGCGCUGGCGCUGCGGCUCCUCGCACUGGGCGCGCUGCUGUGGCCCGCGGCCGGCGCUUGGGAACUCACCAUCCUGCACACCAACGACGUGCACAGCCGGCUGGAGCCGACCAGCGAGGACUCGAGCCGGUGCGUCAACGCCAGCCGCUGCGUGGGCGGCGUGGCGCGGCUCUCCACCAAGGUGCAGCAGGUCCGCGCUGCCGAGCCCCACGUGCUGCUGCUCGACGCCGGCGACCAGAGCCAGGGCACCAUCUGGUACACCGUGUACAAGGGCGCCGAGGUGGCACACUUCAUGAACGCCCUGCGCUACGAUGCCAUGGCGCUGGGAAAUCAUGAAUUUGAUAACGGUGUAGAAGGACUGAUCGAUCCACUCCUCAAAGAAGCCAGAUUUCCAAUUCUGAGUGCAAAUAUUAAAGCAAAGGGGUCGCUAGCAUCUCGAAUAUCAGGACUUUAUUUACCAUAUAAAAUCAUUCCUGUUGGUGAGGAAGUUGUGGGCAUUGUUGGAUACACUUCGAAAGAGACCCCUUUUCUCUCAAAACCAGGAGAGAAUUUAAUAUUUGAAGAUGAAAUCACUGCAUUGCAACCUGAAGUAGAUAAGCUAAAAACUCUAAAUGUGAACAAAAUCAUUGCCCUGGGACACUCUGGUUUUGAAGUGGAUAAACUGAUUGCUCAGAAAGUGAAGGGCGUGGAUGUGGUGGUGGGAGGCCACUCCAACACAUUCCUUUAUACAGGUACUCCACCUUCCAAAGAGGUGCCUGCUGGGAAAUACCCGUUCAUAGUCACCUCGGAUGACGGGCGGAAGGUUCCCGUGGUCCAGGCCUAUGCUUUUGGCAAAUACCUAGGCUAUCUGAGGGUUGAGUUUGAUGAAAAAGGAAACGUCAUCACUUCCCAUGGAAAUCCCAUUCUUCUCAACAGCAGUGGGAACCCAAGUAUAAAAGCAGACAUUAACCAAUGGCGGAUAAAAUUGAAUAAUUAUUCUACCCAGGAACUGGGGAAAACAAUUGUCUAUCUGGAUGGCUCCACUCAGUCGUGCCGUUUUAGGGAAUGCAACAUGGGCAACCUGAUCUGUGACGCUAUGAUCAACAACAACCUUAGAAAGCUGGACGGAGACUCCUGGAACCACGUGUCCAUGUGCAUUUUAAAUGGUGGAGGCAUUCGGUCACCCAUUGACGAGCGGAACAAUGGCACGAUUACCUGGGAGAACCUGGCUUCUGUGUUGCCCUUUGGAGGCACCUAUGACCUGGUCCAAUUAAAAGGUUCCACCCUAAAGAAGGUCUUUGAGCACAGUGUGCACCGCUAUGGCCAGUCCACUGGAGAGUUCCUGCAGGUGGGCGGAAUUCACGUGGAGUAUGAUCUUUCCCGAAAACCUGGGGACAGAGUCGUCAAAUUAGAUGUUCUUUGCACCUGGUGCCGGGUGCCCAGCUACGAGCCCCUCAGGAUGGAUGAAUUGUAUAGGGUGAUACUCCCAAGCUUCCUUGCCAGUGGUGGAGAUGGAUUCCAGAUGAUAAAAGACGAAAUGUUAAAACAUGAUUCUGGUGACCAAGAUAUCAGCGUGCUUUCUGAAUACAUCUCAAAAAUGAAAGUAGUGUACCCAGCAGUUGAAGGUCGGAUCAAGUUUUCUGCAGGAAGUCAUUGCCAUGGAAGCUUCUCUCUAAUAUUGUUCUCAUUUUUGGCACUGAUCACUGUUUUAUACCAAUAGCCAAAAAUUCUCCUUGCCAUAAUGGGUGGAACUACAUUUUUUCUCAAGUGAGCUUCAAGUCUGCCUUGAAGGAAGACCAACUUUGCAGGUUCCUGGAAGCUGAGCUUCAAGGGUCAUCAGUGAAGACACUGACAUCACUACUCAGGAUAAGCAGCUUAGUGUACACACAAGAAAUGAACGCGGGCCCUUUGAGGCCAAGGCCAACCAUCUUUAGUUUAUGUAUGCAAAUUUUAAUAUUUUUAUUAACAAUUUUAAAUCACAGGAAUCACUUUUCUCCUUUAUAUCCACUCCUUUAUAUCAUUCUGUUGGACCUAUAGUUAUAGUCAAUUAGUUUUUCAUUAUCAGCUCACUACUCUUUUGGAAAUGAAGCCUCCAUUGCCUCACUGUGUUUAUAUGGAACUUUAUCACAAUACAAGGGAGUUUAAAGCACGUUAUCUUAUUUGAUGCCCAUAACUUUCUUUGAUGGACAAGACAGGUGGUUCUUCCCAUUUGAAAGGUGAGAACACUGAAGUUCAGAAAAAGUUGGCUUGUUCAAGACCAUACAACUAAGAGUAACAUAGCCAACCAAGACUGCACUCAAGUCUUCUAACCUCAAGUCUGGCACUUCCAGCUACUCUGCUGUUCAGAGUGAUAGUUAAUUGUCUCCCUCUUCAUAGCUAUCAAUAGGCCCAAGCUCAUGGAUAACAAGUCUCUACUUUAUUUGUGGUUUCUAUUUUUUUCCUCUUUAGCUCCUGUUGUUAUGGUGAGUUUAAUGGACUAAAUCCAGGGUAGGAUUCUCUUUUGCACCACCCACAUGCCUUUCAUGAGUCAGGGAAUGGGUGGCAUAGUGGGAAAGGCCAUAGGCUGCAAAAGGAAGUCAAGGGCAGGAAAAAAGAGAAAGGAAGAACAGGACAGCCAGGACCAAUUUACAUUAUAGAAGAGAAAGAGAACUAAAGGGCAUUUAGAUUUGUUAAAUAAGUGUUUGCUAAGGAGUAGCAGCAUAGUCCCUGAAACAUGGUAUUAGCUGUUAGUACUUUUGAGAUCCCAUCAGUACUGCCUCUGUUCUUCUUUCUUCCUAACGUGAAGACAUCAUAAGAAGAGAGCCUUUUGAGACAAGGUAUAAUUCUAAACCUGCGUCUGUCCCUCCCCAGCAAGAUGCCAGCCCUGUACGCCAUAUGCACACAUUCUCCCCCUUCUUCCCCAAUUAUGGGAAAUCCAGAGGAGAGACAAGGGUUGACUCUUAGGAGCGGUGUGCAUAGGACGUGUGAAGUCGGCUCUGCCUCCAAACCUGACCAGCCAUUCUCAAGUCAUUCUCAAGUACAGACACAAGGACCCCUGCCUAGAGUGGGCCUCCUAGUGGGCCUAGGAAAUACCGAGACUGAUCAAAACCCUUUCUUAAUGUGGUAGUGGGACCAUGUGAGCCCGCCCAGCACCACAUAAAUGAUUCAGCAAGAACUGAGAGCCUUCACCUUCAGAAGUAGUGAGCAAACAGCGACUAGAGGCAUGGGGAGAAAGUCUGAUGGUUUCUUAAUGUUUACAAAUAUUCAGUACUCUUCAUACAAAAUACGCUUUUAAAUUUCAUAACAUCUUUAAAAAGAUUGCUACAGUAAAAUAAUGGCCUCUGUUUUAUGCAUAUACAGAUUAGCUAUAAAUAAAAGUAAGAUUUUAAGAGAGAAAUCAGAGAAAUGCACAUUUGGGGUACAUUUUUUAUGCUUUGCCAGUAAAAUAGGGUCAAUCCUGCUGGAGCACAAAUUUUUGAAGAACAUCUUUGUAUAGUUUUCUAAAUAUGUGUGUGCAUUUAUUGUGUAGUGAUUUAAGAAAUCAGCAUACUUUGCAAUUGUAGAUUCAGUUGAGUGAUUCAACUGUACAAUAAAACUGAAGAUAUCCUCCUGG